AUGAUGUUCACCAAGACUAUGGGCCUCGCUGCCAUCUUCGCUACUGCCGCCUCUGCCCUUCCCUCCGGCAUGAUGAUGCGCCGCAACGGCACUGCUCCCUCGGGCGGCGGCGUCCAGAUCACCAACAACCUGAGCCAGGACAUCUACGCCUGGUCCGUCUCUGACGACGUCGGCCCCAUGCAGACCCUGUCUGCCAACGGUGGCUCUUACUCCGAGAACUGGCGCAUCAACCCCAACGGCGGCGGCAUCUCCAUCAAGCUGGCCACCACCCCCGACCAGUCCGAUGUCCUCCAGUUCGAGUACACCGAGGGCGGCGACACCAUCUACUGGGAUCUGUCCUGCAUCAACAUGGGCACUGACUCUGAGUUCACUCAGUACGGCUUCGCUGUCCAGCCCUCCAUCACCACUGGCAGCUGCCCCUCCGCUGUCUGCCAGGCUGGCGACUCCGCUUGCGCUGCUGCCUACCUCCAGCCCGAUGACAACGCUGCUACCCACGGCUGCCCCAUCAACACUGGCCUGGGUCUGACCAUCGGCCAGUAA